GGAGCUGUGACGUCAUUGCGUGGGGUUUCCUUCGUGUGUAGUGAACGUUACGUCGUAAUGGCUGAGGCCGGUUGUUUUAGGAAGUCCAUGGGCCGCAAACCUGGCUUUGCUCCCUGUAAUGCGGUUUAGUGGAUGUCUUCUCGGUAUUAAGCGGGCAGUGAUACAGCCCUCCAACAGCCCCACCGUCUUCAGUCACCCAGAGCUUCUGACUGGGCGACCGACCGGGAACUGCAGCUAGCUUGAAGCAGCGUUAGCUCAUGCUGUUUUCACAGCAGAUCUAUUGAGGACCAAAGGAGCUCUAAAAAUCUGAAAAUCGCAUUUUGACAACAUUUUGGAGAGGAUUGUAUAUAACACAAAAUAAGGUUUAUUUCUGGGAACUUUUUUUACCAGUGGUUCGCACGUCCCUAUUGUGGAGUUCAACAUGGCUGGCCGCAGUGAAGAUGAAAGUGUGAGCAAUAGCAAUGGAGAGUCAAGUAAUUCUGAUGAUGAGUCUGGGUCAGGCUCAGCCUCUGCUUCGGGUUCCGGCUCCAGUUCCAGCUCCUCCAGCAGUAGCAGCCAGUCAGGGAGCAGCGACUCAGGGAGCGCCUCAGACUCUGGCAGUCAGUCUGAGUCCGACACUGAGAAAUCCAGUGAGAAAAAGGAAUCACCAAAUAAGCCAAACAUUGAUGGAGCUGAGUUCUGGAAGUCCAACCCCAGCAUUCUGGCAGUUCAAAGAUCGGCUAUGCUCAGGAAACAGCAGCAACAACAGAGACAAGCUUCUUCUAACAGUGGGUCAGAUGAGGACUCUUCAAGUAGUGACGAAUCUGACACCUCAAGUGGAUCCAGAAAGCGAGGGAAUUCAGACUCCUCUGACUCUGGAUCAGGCUCAGUCUCUGGGAGUGAUACUGGGUCAGAUUCAUCGACAGAGGAUAACAGUAAUGAAACUGCAUCAGACUAUGAGCCCAGUCUCAAAUUUAAGAGCAGAAAACUUCCAACCAAGAUGAAUUCUCGAAAUGGAAAAAGUAUCACUCAGAGAAAGAAAUCCCAAAAGUGUUCAUCUUCUGAGGAUGAAAACAACUACGCAAAGAUAGCAUGUGGAGGGCCACGACGACAGGCCACUGUCAACAUAAGUUAUAAGGAAGCUGAAGACAUAAAUACAGAUUCUGAUGAUUUGGUGGAGGUUUUGGGUGAAGAUGUUCCGAUGCCUGAGGAGGAAGAGUUUGAAACAAUUGAAAGAGUAAUGGACUGUAGGCUAGGACGAAAAAGAGCAACAGGAAGUUCAACCACUGUAUAUGCUGUAGAAGCAGAUGGGGACCCCAAUUUUGACUUUGAUUCAAAUAAAGAGACUGGCGAGGUUCAAUAUUUCAUUAAGUGGAAAAACUGGGCACACAUCCAUAACACUUGGGAAACUGAAGAAACACUAAAAUUGCAGAAUGUCAGGGGCAUGAAGAAACUGGAAAACUUCAAAAAAAAGGAACAAGAGAAAAAAAAAUGGUUAAAGGCAGCAUCACCAGAAGAUAGAGAAUAUUUUAAUUGUCAAGAGGAACUGAUGGAUGACCUGCAUUCUCAGUAUCGGCUUGUUGAACGUAUCAUAGGACAUUCAAAUCAGAAGUCAGCUGCUGGUUACCCAGACUACCUCUGCAAGUGGCAAGGUUUACCAUACUCAGAGUGUAGCUGGGAAGAUGGUGCUCUGAUUGCCAAAAAGUUCCAGAAAUGCAUUGAUGACUACAUGGGCAGAAAUCAGUCAAAGACCAUUCCCUCUAGAGAUUUGAAGUUGAUGAAACAGAGACCCAGGUUUGUACCAAUGAAGAAGCAGCCAGCUUACAUUGGAGGUGAUGGACUGGAGCUCAGGGACUACCAGCUGGAUGGUUUAAACUGGAUGGCCCACUCCUGGAGCAAAGGCAACAGUUGUAUUCUUGCUGAUGAGAUGGGCUUAGGAAAGACCAUCCAAACGAUCUCUUUCCUCAACUACCUGUUUCAUGAGCACCAGCUGUAUGGACCAUUUCUUCUAGUGGUGCCUCUUUCUACACUUACAUCUUGGCAAAGGGAAAUACUGUUAUGGGCCCCGCGGAUGAAUGUUGUCGUCUACCUCGGAGACAUCAACAGCAGGAAUAUGAUACGAACACAUGAGUGGAUGCAUGUCCACAACAAGAGAUUGAAAUUUAACAUCCUCCUCACAACGUACGAAAUUCUUCUAAAAGACAAGUCAUUUCUAGGUGGUGUUAACUGGGCCUUCGUUGGUGUGGAUGAGGCACACAGGCUGAAAAACGACGACUCUCUUCUAUACAAAACAAUGAUUGACUUCAAAUCCAGUCACAGGCUUCUAAUCACAGGAACACCUCUUCAGAAUUCCCUAAAAGAGCUCUGGUCAUUGCUCCACUUCAUUAUGCCUGAAAAGUUUCACUCCUGGGAGAUGUUUGAGGAGGAGCAUGGAAAAGGCAGAGACUCGGGCUACGCCAGUCUCCACAAGGAGCUGGAACCUUUCCUGCUGCGUCGUGUCAAGAAGGAUGUUGAAAAAUCUCUGCCAGCUAAAGUGGAGCAGAUUCUCCGAGUGGAGAUGAGUGCUAUCCAGAAACAGUACUAUAAAUGGAUUUUGACCAGGAACUACAAAGCUCUGAGUAAAGGUACAAAAGGCAGCACAUCUGGCUUCCUGAACAUCAUGAUGGAAUUGAAGAAAUGUUGCAAUCACUGUUACCUUAUCAAGCCUCCUGAUGACAACGAGUCUCUGAACAAAGUGGAAGCUUUACAGCAACUGGUCCGCAGUAGUGGGAAGCUUGUGCUAUUGGACAAACUGCUGGUUCGUUUGAAGGAGCGAGGUCACAGAGUUCUAAUCUUCUCCCAGAUGGUACGGAUGCUUGACAUUCUGGCAGAAUAUUUAAGGAGCAGACAGUUCCUCUUUCAGAGAUUAGAUGGCUCUAUCAAAGGAGAAAUACGAAAACAAGCUUUGGAUCAUUUUAAUGCAGAGGGCUCAGAGGAUUUCUGCUUCUUGUUAUCUACACGUGCGGGUGGACUGGGUAUCAAUCUAGCAUCAGCUGACACAGUGGUGAUCUUUGACUCAGAUUGGAAUCCCCAAAAUGAUCUUCAAGCUCAGGCCAGAGCCCACAGAAUUGGACAGAAAAGACAGGUGAGCAUAAAUUGUCUAAAUUUUCCAUUUCUGGUCAUAUUUGACUUUUGUUAUGAAAGCAAAGCACAUGGAUGUGUGUAGUUAGUGCUUGAAGACUUCUGAUUUGGAUGUUUAAGGAAGGUUAAAAAUGAUUGACGAAUGAAAGACAGUACACCAGUGAAAUAAAAAGAGAAACAUG